UCAUCAUCCUCGGGUCGCCUCCUCGGGUCGCCUCCUCCGCCUGCAGCCCCAUUCUCCUUGCUCGACCUCCCUGUCUGGGACGUCGGCGGUCCGUCUGUUUCUGUCUCUACCGUCUCUUCCGUUUCUGUUUCCGCCAUCCGUCGCCCAACCGAGCGGCGCUCUCAGAGAUUGUCUUGAGUCGUCUGUGCCUCCUCGGUCUGCAUCCCUUGCUCGCCACAACCGCCCUUGCCGCCGCUGCUUCUUGGCCUGCGGCCUCAGCAAUCAACUGCCCCGACCACCGGUUACUCACCCGCCCGGUCUGACGAGUGCUGCCCUGCCAUCACCAACUUUGUCGCCAAGUUCUCCCAUUGCGCCAUGAACGGAGAGGGCCCCAUCCACUACGCCAACAGCGCCCCACUCGGCCGUCUCCACAUGAGGGUCGUCGAGGCCCGGAACCUUCAAAUCCGGGGCGCUGCCGACAACAGCACGCUCUGCCAGCCGUAUUGUGUGAUCGAGUUUGAAAAGACCGAGGUUAUCACUCGCGAGGCCAUCACGAUGUCGGCCAACGCCGACGGCACCUUCAAUCCUCUCUGGAAGCACGAAGCCAUCUUUGAUGUGUUCCGUGCCGACAGUUCCCUCCAGAUCAGCAUCUGGGACCGCUCCACCAAACACGGCGGCGAGGAGACGUUCUUGGGCAUGAUGAAGAUCCUGCCGAUAUAUGACGACACAAAGCAGUACGACAACUGGUUCCGGCUGCUUCCUCGAUCGUGGUCACAUCGGGUCAAGGGCGAUAUCCGUGUGUCGUUCCGAUUCUCUCGGACCGAGGCGGUAUCGCUAAAGUCGACAGACUUUGAGUUCAUGAAGGUGCUCGGCAAGGGUGCCUAUGGCAAGGUCCUGCAGGUCCGAAAGCGAGACACAUGCCGAGUCUAUGCCAUGAAAAUCAUCAACAAGCGCGACAUUGCCCAGAAAGACGAUAUGUACAAGGAGAUUGUCCACACCAUCUCGGAACGGAAUGUACUCAUCAAGGCGCAAUCGCCCUUCCUGGUCGGCCUCAAGUUCGCCUUCCAGUCUCCCGAGAAGCUCUACCUGGUUCUGGACUACAUGAAUGGCGGCGAGCUGUUCUUCCAUCUCCAGCGCGACCACAUCUUCACGAUGGAACGGGCAAAGUUCUACUUGUGCGAGCUGGUGCUGGCCCUCGGCCAUCUGCAUCAGUACAAUAUCGUGUAUCGUGAUCUCAAGCCAGAGAACAUCCUGCUGGACAUCAACGGGCACAUUGCGCUGACCGACUUUGGUCUCUGCAAAGAGGAAAUCGACUUCAACACCACCACACAUACCUUUUGCGGCACACCCGAAUACCUUGCUCCUGAAGUCAUCCUGAGGCAGGGCCAUGGACUGGCUGUAGAUUGGUGGGCUCUAGGCAUCCUGUUCUACGAAAUGACCACAGGCUUGCCCAUGUUCUACAGCACCGACCGAGCCACAAUGUUCCACAACAUUGUCCACCAACCCAUCAGCUUCUCACCCAGCUACGAUCCGAUAGCAGCCAAGAUCGUUCAGGCACUCCUGCAGCGCGAUCCACAAAAGCGGCUGGGAGCCGGUCCGAGAGAUGCUCUCGAAGUUCAGGAGCACGAGUUCUUCGAUGGCAUCGACUGGAUCAAGGUGCUGAAGAAGGACCUGUGCCCCCCUUUCAAGCCCAAUGUGGAGUGCGAAACAGACACAUCCAACUUUGAUCCCGAAUACACCAGCGUCCCCGCCACCAUCGACUCGGUCUCGGAUCACCAAGACACGCUCCAGAUCACCGAAAGCUUCCAGGAGCAGUUCGAGGGCUUCUCAUAUACCAACGUCACGCCUGGAUCUAGUGCCACAUCCCGGUUCAAGUAUGUCCUGCGAGGCACCAACAACGAAUAGAGCCCUCGGUCGCUCGAUGGACCCCCAGCGGCCGUGCAGGCAACCUCUGGGGCCCUAUUCGUCUCACUAUCGAAGCCAAAUGUCUUUGUUAAGCCAUUGCCUGUCCGGGAGAGCCUCCUCUUUGCCAUUCUCUCACUUCUUUGACCACCGUGCCCCUGUCUGGGCUGAUCUGUGUCAAUGCGAUGUCAAUGCGAUGUCAUGUCAUGCGAUGCGAUGUGUUCGCCAUGCCCUGCUGAACUGCUGAAUACAUCAUUCACCCGACGCAAGGUUUGCGCUG